AUGUCUGAUUCCUGGGUUGACUACAGAGUCAGGAGCGCAGCAUGCGGGCCUAGAGAAGCCCAGGUGCUGAAAGACUACCUCCACAACCGUAUAAAUGUCAACGAGACCAGUCGAAUAAUCACAAGCAAGAUGGUCAACGACGACAACCCAGGCUACUUGCUCGAGUUCACGUCUGGGCAGAUUGGACAGGCUGGCGAGACUGGCGCCGCACCAGCGACCUACAAGAAGGCAUACAGAUGCUGGGAGGGGCAGGAGGGUAUGAGUAGGAAGCGGUGGGAGUUCCGGAAGCGGAGACUGGAGUGGAUUCAGGGACAGAAAGUUGAUGAGGCCACGAAGGAGAUUGUGAGGGAGGCUGCGGCGGCUAUGCAGGCGAUUGACGGGCAAUGA